CAAUAUUUCAAGACGAAAAAUAAAUAAAUAAAAAUGUUGUCAUCUUAGUUAAAAUGGCUUCUCUUGACAGAGUGAAGGUCCUGGUUUUGGGUGAUUCAGGGGUUGGGAAGUCGUCUCUGGUUCAUUUACUGUGUCAGAAUCAAGUACUGGUGAACCCCUCCUGGACAGUAGGCUGUUCUGUGGAUGUGCGGAUACAUGACUACAAAGAGGGAACUCCAGAAGAGAAGACCUACUACAUUGAAUUGUGGGAUGUUGGAGGAUCUGUGGGAGGUACCAGCUGUGCAAAGAGUACCAGAGCAGUUUUCUACAGCUCCGUCAAUGGCAUCAUACUGGUCCAUGAUUUAACAAACAAGAAAUCUUCACAGAAUUUAUACCGUUGGUCAUUGGAAGCCUUCAAUAAAGACUCUUCCCCCACAGGAGUUAUCAUCACAAAUGGGGAUUAUGACAGGGAGCAGUUUGCUGAUAACCUGCUCCCCCUUCUGGUGAUCGGGACCAAGUUCGACCACAUCCCAGAGAACAAGCGCAGCGACGUACUGGCGCGCACCGCCUUCCUGUCAGAGGACUUCAACGCUGAAGAGAUAAACCUGGACUGCACCAACCCCCGCUACCUGGCAGCAGGCUCUUCGAAUGCAGUGAAGCUGAGCAGGUUCUUUGACAAGGUCAUUGAGAAGCGAUACUUCACGAAAGAUAGCAGCCAGGCUGGCUAUUCAGACCGGAAGCGUUUCAACUUCAAGAGCCUCCAUUAUGACUGAGAUUGGGCCAGGCAGAGAUGUGCACACGAUUUCACAUUUCACAUUUCAUAUUUUAGAUUUCACAUUUAAGAUUUCACAUUUCAGAUGGAGCUCAUCUUCAAGUGACGGGCAUCAGCCACAACCCGUCAACUUUUAAUUGAAUCGGCUAAAUCAUUAACAUUCUUGGCAUUUUAUAUGUGUAUAGACUCAUGAGUGACAACUGAAGACUGUCAGAAAUGCAUGCAUGCUUUGGCUCUCCAGAGACCUACAUUGCACACAGCCCCCCAUACUGUGCUCGCUUGCACAAUGCCUGUCAGUCUGGCAAGCAGGGCACUUGGUGUCUGAUGUAAACCACAUUUCUGUUAUCGCAGGAAGUGAAAGAAUAGCUGCAGGCCUGGUGUUAUCUACCUUUGAAGCACUGACAGAAGAUGCUCGGAACAGGAGAAGCUGCAAAUCAUUUAUUUAUUUGCCUCUGUACUCCAGAAUUUGAUGGUAACUGGUCUGCAUUUAUAGAGGGGGUUAGGUAUCUUGCUCAGGGACACUUUGACACACCGCGGGCGGGAUUGAAACCGGCAGCCCUCCUACUGUCAGACAACUGCGGUUACCUCCUCAGCCAAUGUCGCUCAAUUUGGUUUCACCAUGUAGCAAUUACGGCAGUGUUUAUACAAAGUCCCUCCAUUUUAGGGCACCAUAAUGUUUGUGAUACAGCAAUGUUAUGUAAUGAAAGUAGACAUGUUUAGUAUUUGUUGCAUAUCCUUUGCAUGUAAUGACUGCUUGAAGUCUUUGAUUGAUGGAUGCUGGGUGUCUUUUCUGGAGAUGCUCUGCCAGGCCUGUAUUUCAGCCAUCUUUAGCGCAUGUUUGUUUUGGGUCCCAUUAAGUUCUCUUCAGCAUAUGAAAGACAUGCUCAAUUGAGUCAAUAUUGGGUGAUUGACUUGGUGUUGUCUUGCUGGACAAUGAACCACCGGCCAAUGAGUUUUGAGGCAUUCACUUGAAGUUGAGCAGAUCGGAUGUGUCAAUACACUUUAGAAUUCAUUCUGCUACUACCAUCAGCAGUUAUAUCAUCAAUGAAGACAAGUGAGCCAGUACCUUCAGCAGCCAUACAUGCCCAGUCCAUAACACCCCCACCACCAUGUUUCACAGAUGAGGGGGUGGGGGGAUCUUGGGCAGUUCCUUCUGUCCUCCAUACUUAGCUUUUGCCUUCACUCUGAUGUAAGUUAACCUUCAUCUCAUCUGUCCACAAGACAUUUUUCCAGAACUGCGGUUGCUCUUUUAAGUACUUCUUGGCAAACUGUAACAUGCUAUUCUGUUUCUGCGGCUAACUAGUGGUUUGCAUCUUGCAGUGUAGUCUCUGUAUUUCUGUUCAUGAAGUCUUCUGAGGACAGGGGUUAUUGACAAAUUCACACCUGAUCAGAAGAGUGCUUCUGAUCUGUUGGACAGGUGUUUAGGGAUUUGCCUGCCGUUCCCUUUACAAUUUGUAAGCUCACCAGUGAUCUCUUUCUUCUUAAUUAUGUUCCAAACAGUUGAUUUUGGUAAGCUUAAGGUUUGGCCGAUGUCUCUUACCAUUUUAUGCUUGUUUCUCAUAAUGGCUUCUUUGACUUUCACUUUCACCACAACUUUGGUCCGCAUGUUGAUAAACGGCAAUAGGGGGAUCAAAAGACUAGAGGAAAGACAAGGUGCUCUCUUAUACCUGCAUUAAGGAGGCAAUUAAACACAUCUGAGUACCUGGCUUUCCCUGUUACACAAGCAAGUCAUACAUUGGGGUGAAUUGACUUAUCUUUAGACAUUGAAUCAUCCAAAUUGAUUGAGUGUAUUUCUGCUGCUUUAAAGCUGCUAAUUGUUUUUCAUUUAUUUAUUGAGAGUUUGGAAAUAGUUGUAGUGUUUAUAUUAUGUUUAUUGUGCAUAGAUAAUAUACAAAUAAUAUAAUAUUUUUAGUUUCAUAUUAAGAAUUAGGUUU